ACGAGGCUGCCCUCCUUAAAACGUAGCAUCGUCCAGAGUCGAAAUUCGCUUCGAUACAUGGAAACAACGGAACCUUCCCUAGACCCCUCCUCUAACCCUAACGACGUCGCAUCCGGCGUCUCUUCGCCGGAUACUGACGUCACUUUAUCCGCCAGUGCAACCCCGUCCGAUAACAAUCUCCAGAACUCACCGGAAAAUCACUCUCCACCUCCCAAAACUACGCCCGAAGCUCCCGUUUCGGACUCCCAAGAAGACACCUCCUCCGACCCCAUCCAAGAAGACAACCUCGAUGAACCGCCCCAAAACCCUAACCCGAGCGAACCCGGACGAACUGAACCCGGCCCGCCUCCCAAGAAGCGUCGCCGAAGGAAGAAAUUCUUCACGGAGCUUAACGGCAAUCCAUCUCUCGCCAGGAAUCGCCGGUCCGACAUAGCGAAGGACGUCGACGUCGAAGCCCUAAUCGCAAUCUCGGUUGGCUUCCCGGUUGACUCGCUCACCGAGGAGGAGAUCGAAGCUAACGUUGUCUCCACCAUCGGUGGAGUCGAGCAGGCCAACUACAUCGUGGUCCGGAACCACAUUCUCGCUCGGUGGCGAUCCAACGUGUCCGUUUGGUUGACCCGGGACCAUGCGCUCGAGUCCAUUCGGUCCGAGCACAAAGGCCUCGUUGACUCGGCCUACCGAUUUCUUCUCAACCACGGUUACAUAAACUUCGGGCUCGCGCCCGCUAUUAAAGAAGCGAAACUGAGGUCAUUUGACGGAAUCGACAAGAGCAAUGUGGUAAUCGUUGGUGCGGGUCUCGCCGGUUUAGUCGCAGCGAGGCAAUUGGUCUUUAUGGGGUUCAAAGUCGUAGUCUUGGAAGGUAGGGCGCGGCCGGGAGGGCGCGUGAGGACGAAGAGAAUGCAGAGUGAAGGCGUCGAGGCCGCAGCAGAUCUUGGUGGGAGCGUCCUUACCGGAAUAAACGGCAACCCGCUCGGGGUUCUCGCAAGGCAAUUGGGAUUGCCGCUUCACAAGGUGAGAGAUAUUUGCCCAUUGUAUUUACCUGAUGGCGAAGCGGUGAACCCAGAAACUGACUCUAAAGUUGAGGUUUCGUUCAACAAGUUGUUAGAUAGAGUGUGUAAACUUAGACAUGAUAUGAUAGAGGAAGUGAAAUCGGUAGAUGUUCCAUUAGGGACUGCUCUCGAAGCUUUUCGGCGUGUUUAUAACGUUGCCGAGAACCCGCAAGAGUGCAUGCUGUUGAAUUGGCAUCUUGCUAAUUUGGAAUAUGCGAAUGCUUCGUUGAUGUCUAAUUUGUCGAUGGCGUAUUGGGAUCAGGAUGAUCCGUAUGAGAUGGGAGGUGAUCAUUGUUUUAUCCCUGGGGGAAAUGAGACAUUUGUCCGAACCCUUUGCGAGGACCUUCCCAUUUUCUUCGAAAGGACUGUGGAGAGUAUCAGGUACGGGACCGAUGGGGUCUUGGUUUAUGCCGGUGGGCAGGAGUUCCGUGGGGACAUGGUCCUUUGCACGGUGCCAUUGGGCGUGCUUAAGAAGGGAACGAUCGAGUUCUUUCCAGAUCUUCCUCUGCGAAAGAAAGAGGCAAUUCAGAGAUUAGGAUUUGGGUUGCUAAAUAAGGUUGCCAUGCUGUUCCCGUAUAAUUUCUGGGGUGGUGACAUUGAUACGUUUGGGCAUUUGACGGAAGAUCCCAGUAUGAGAGGCGAGUUCUUUUUGUUUUAUAGCUAUUCUUCUGUAUCUGGAGGCCCACUUCUUGUUGCACUUGUGGCUGGAGACGCCGCAAUCAAGUUUGAGAUGAUGUCACCUGUCGAGUCUGUGAGAAGGGUGUUGGACAUAUUGAGGGGUAUCUUUCAUCCGAAAGGUAUUGCUGUUCCAGAUCCAGUUCAGGCAGUCUGUACGCGCUGGGGGAAGGAUCAAUUCUCAUAUGGGUCUUAUUCUUAUGUUGCAGUUGGGUCUUCGGGAGAUGACUAUGAUAUUCUUGCUGAGAGUGUUGGAGAUGGGAGGGUGUUCUUUGCAGGAGAGGCAACUAACAAACAGUACCCAGCAACAAUGCAUGGAGCUUUUCUUAGUGGGAUGAGAGAAGCUGCAAACAUACUGAGAAUGGCCAAGAGGAGGUCAUUGAUUCCGGCUGAUAAAUUAAAUAAUGUUAGAGAUGAAAGUGACGAUUUGAAUAAAUUGUUUGAGAGCCCUGACCUGACAUUUGGGAGCUUCUCAGUUUUGUUUGAUCCAAGAUCAAAUGACCUUAAUUCUAAUUCAUUGUUAAGAGUGAAAUUUGGAGGGGAGAGACUGAACUCUGUCUGUAUCUGUCUGUUCGGCUUGAUUUCAAGGAACCAGGUCAUUAAACUGAGUGAGGUUGAUGGAGAUGGUAACAGGAUGAGGAUGUUAAAUCAUGACUUUGGGGUCAGGUUGGUUGGUAGGAAAGGCUUAUCUGGUGCUGGGGAAUCUCUAAUCUCCCAUGUAAGAUUAGAUAGAUCCAACCUAAAUGGUGAAUCUAAAGAUGGUGCUGGCAUAGAUAAAGGGGAGCAUCGAUUGAUAGGUGGGAGUUUCUAGCUCAUCUUCUCUACUUUGGAGGAUAUGCCUUUAGACUAGCCGGAGGGGGAGUUCACUGUCAUUGGGGUGAGAAGUGCGCGUGAAUAUGCGUGCUCAAAUGAGUACAUAUGAAUUUGGGAGUCGAUUGGUCCCAUUUUUUUUUAGUGCCUUUGAUUAAUUAUAUAAACUUCCCUUUGGGACUGCAAGAUUUUUUGGAGUAACUAAUUGGGAACUGUGUGUUUUCUUAGAUUAUUGUAAAUCUCAUCAUUCAGUUGAAUUGCA